AUGGGUUAUUAUAUAACUGCACGUCGUGCGUUUAGUUCUCUAGAAGGAUUAAUUAGACAUUAUAGAAAAAAUGGUGAUGGUCUUUGCUGUCAAUUAACACAUGUAUGCCCAAGACCAAAACUAAAAACACCAAAAGAUAUUUUGGAAGUCCCAAGAAAUUCUCUUGAAUUUGUGAAAAAAAUUGGUGAAGAAAUAUUUGAUGAAAUAUGGACUCGAAAAUGGAAUUAUGAAAUUGAUGUAACAAUAAAAACAAUGAAAACUCGUACAAUGUCAACAUAA